CGAAAACUCUAUAUAUGAAAGAGCCGGAGAACGUUUUAUGUAAGUAGCGGUUAAUGGCCUGAGGUAAUAAUAGAGGUUAAGUAGUAGCAGAGGCCAAAAGUAACAGGUUAGCUACAUCCACAACGUAGUACAUAUAUCACACAGACUCGAUAUUCCGAAACUUUCAACCACAAUGUCUACAUUUUGCAACGCUGAUUUGCUGGAUAAGUACGAUAACGAUCGCACCAUCCAAGUAGCACAGCCACUGUUCACCCACUAUGGCAGUAAGUGCCAAUUCUCUGGUCUCAUUAAGACCCUCGAUGCCUUUGAGGACAAUACCAAAGUCCGAAAGUUGUUGGAAGGCCCCGGCGAUGGGCAUGUGCUGGUAGUAGACUCGAAGGGGUCAACAAGAUUCGCCAUGCUGGGCGACCAGCUAGCUCUCUUAGCGGUGCAAAACAACUGGGCUGGAGUACUUAUCCACGGGUGUCUGCGAGACUCAGCCAUCAUCAAAACGUUACCCAUCGGAGUCAUGGCAUUGAACACAUGCCCUCGCAAGUCAGUGAAGCAGCAGAAGGGGACGGUGGAUGUUGAAUUAAAUUUCGCUGGCGUGUCCUUUCGGCCUGGGGAAUACAUCUACGCCGAUGAAGACGGAGUGCUGGUCACAGAGAAACCUUUGGACAUCUGAUUCGCUAAUGCACAAACCCACAAGUGGUAGUAUAUGCCAUACCAUCCCUACAGCGUGAUAGAGAACGACCCAUGUGAGGGGGUGCGUGCUUAGUUUCUGCACAAUCCAGUGGGUAUAUAAACGGCUACUGUGGUGUGUCUGCAGGACGUGAUAGGCAGUUCGACGCACAGAGAUGUGCAACUCCGAAGGAUGUGCGAGUGGUUGCCAUGGUGAUGAAUCGGUGACCAUACCCAGCGCUUACAGCAAAAUGGGGCUCUGUUUGUGGGUUUAGGGUUUAGGGGUUAGUCCACUCUUUCAAGGGAAUAAGAUGACCUCUGAUAUCCCUAGACUGAAUCCAUAAGAACAUCUAUUACAAUGCACUCGACUUACAAUGUAGGGGAGGCUGUGUAUUGUACUACCAACGUCAACUGAUACGCACGACCUAGUAUGGCGCGAAACAGUCGCCAGAACGGAAGACCUGGUUUUAUUCACGCAAUGAUUGGUGACUGUUUGUGUACAACGAUCGCUCAGAGAAGCGACGGCGCACGACAGCACUCAAUAAAGAUCACCUGCCCCACGCGCAUAGCAAUACAAUCUCAA